AUGUUCCCUUCUCUGGGGCUCAUCUUUGCUGCCCUCUCUUUAGCAAGAUGCGCCCCUGUGCAGCAAGCAUCUAACCACAGCAAACUCCUCCUGGUGUCCUUUGAUGGCUUUCGGUGGAACUACGACCAGGAUGUGGAUACCCCCAACCUCGACACCAUGGCUGCAGAAGGAGUGAAAGCACAGUACGUGACUCCUGCCUUUGUUACCGUUACCAGCCCAUGCCACUUCACGCUGCUGACCGGGAAAUACAUUGAGAAUCACGGGGUGAUCCACAAUAUGUGGUUCAACACCAGCACGGGUCAGAAGCUGCCCUAUUACAACACGCAAGGAGUGGUGAGCUGGUGGGACAACGGCAGCCUGCCCAUCUGGAUCACAGCUCAGAGACAGGGUUUAAAGACAGGCUCCGUCUAUUUCCCUGGAGGAAAAGCAACAUACCAAGGAGAAGAAGUGAAUAUGAAGAUGGUAGAGCCCCUUCUGUUCAACUACAGCAAUGAAAACAAUUGGAGACAGAACAUUGACACUGUCAUGGAAUGGUUCACGGUGAACAACUUAGACUUCAUUGCCCUCUACUUUGGUGAGCCAGACUCAACAGGACACAAGUAUGGCCCUGAAUCCACAGAGAGAAAAAAUAUGGUCAGCCAGGUGGACAGAACUGUUGGUUACUUACGGAAACGUAUUGCGGAAAGUGGUCUAGAAUCAAACCUCAACCUAAUCAUCACAUCUGACCAUGGCAUGGACACUGUCAUAAAGACCAAUGAAAUUCACAUCCAGAAGGUAGAAAACUUCACCUUCAAUGACAUUCAGUUUGAACUCCUAGAUUAUGGACCAAAUGGACUACUGGUGCCAAAAGAAGGAAAAUUAGAGCAUGUGUAUACAGUCCUGAAAAAUGCCCACCCAAAGUUGCAUGUGUACAAGAAAGAAGAGUUUCCAAAGAGAUUUCACUAUGCCAAUAAUUCCCGUAUUACCCCGCUUUUGAUGUACAGUGAUCCAGGAUAUGUGAUCCAUGGGAGAUUCAAAGUCCAGUUCAAUAAGGGGGAACACGGCUUUGACAAUGAGGACAUGAACAUGAAAACCAUCUUCCGUGCUGUGGGACCAGCCUUCAAGCAAGGCCUAGUGGUAGAGCCUUUUGAAAGCGUGAAUGUCUAUGCUCUCCUCUGCGAGCUGCUGGGCAUCACCCCAGAACCUCAUGAUGGGUCCCUGGAGAUCAUGAAGCCCAUGCUGUAUUCAAGUGCCGCUAUCCUUCCUGCCAAGAAGCUGCCAGUGAUGCUCGGAAUUGCUGUCAUUCUAGGAUACUGGGGAGGAAUAUACUAA